CAGGUGAGGGCGGUGGGCCGGGCCUCGGCCUGGCUUUUGUGGGCGCCCCGGGAGGCGAGGUGGCGCCGGCGGUGCUGCCUCCGUUUCAAUGGAAGUAUGUUACCAACUGCCGGUGCUGCCCCUGGACAGGCCGGUCCCCCAGCAUGUCCUCAGCCGCAGAGGGGCCAUCAGCUUCAGCUCCAGCUCCGCGCUCUUCGGUUGCCCCAACCCCAGGCAGCUUUCCCAGAGACGUGGGGCAAUUUCUUAUGACAGUUCUGAUCAAACUGCAUUGUACAUUCGCAUGCUAGGAGAUGUACGAGUAAGAAGUCGGGCAGGAUUUGAAACAGAGAGAAGAGGUUCUCAUCCAUACAUUGAUUUCCGUAUUUUUCACUCAAAUUCUGAAAUUGAAGUUUCUGUGUCUGCAAGGAAUAUCCGACGGUUACUGAGUUUCCAGCGGUACUUGAGAUCUUCCCGUUUCUUCCGUGGUACCACUCUUCCAAGUUCUUCAAACAUUUUAGAUGAUGAUUAUAAUGGACAAGCUAAGUGUAUGCUAGAGAAAGCUGGAAACUGGAAUUUUGAUAUCUUCCUCUUUGACAGGCUAACAAAUGGAAACAGUUUAGUCACCUUAACCUUCCACCUGUUUAAUCUUCAUGGACUGAUAGAACACUUCCAGUUAGAUACAAUGAAACUCCGUAGAUUUUUAGUAAUGGUUCAAGAAGAUUACCAUAGUCAAAAUCCAUAUCACAAUGCGGUUCAUGCUGCUGAUGUGACUCAGGCCAUGCACUGUUAUUUAAAGGAACCUAAGCUUUUCAAAUCUAUAACUCCAUGGGAUGUUCUGGUCAGUUUAACUGCAGCUGCCACUCAUGAUUUGGAUCACCCAGGUGUUAAUCAGCCUUUCCUUAUUAAAACGAACCAUUAUUUAGCAACUUUAUACAAGAAUACCUCAGUACUGGAAAAUCACCACUGGAGAUCAGCUGUGGGGCUGUUAAGAGAGUCUGGAUUAUUUGCACACAUGUCUCCAGAAAAUAGGCAGCUGAUGGAAAGCCAGAUAGGAGCAUUGAUUCUUGCCACAGACAUCAGUCGGCAAAAUGAAUAUCUGUCCUUAUUUCGCAGUCAUUUGGACAAGGGAGACUUAUGCUUAGAAGAUGAGAACCAUCGCCAUCUUAUUCUUCAGAUGGCUUUGAAAUGUGCUGAUAUUUGCAACCCCUGCCGGACAUGGGAACUGAGCAAGCAGUGGAGUGAAAAAGUAACAGAAGAAUUCUUUAAUCAAGGAGAUGUUGAAAAAAAAUACCACUUGGGUGUGAGUCCAUUAUGUGAUCGACAGACAGAAACCAUGGCCAACAUCCAGAUUGGAUUUAUGACCUAUUUGGUGGAGCCAUUGUUUGCAGAAUGGGCAAGAUUUUCAAACACCAGGCUGUCUCAAACCAUGCUUGGGCAUUUGGGACUGAAUAAAGCUAGCUGGAAGGGCAUGCAAAGACAGCAGUCCAGCAGCGGUGAUGAUACUGAUCCUGCGUUUGAAGAAAUGGACUCUGAUGUCAUACCUCAGGAAAACCGGCUAUCCUGACACCAGGAUCUGCUUGACAAACUGCCUCUUGCCCAAUAUCUGCAGAACAGGGUUCGAGGAUAUUUUUAGGUCUGACUGCCAAGGUUUCAGUAUAAACAAUGCCAGCAUUAUUUAUUUCCAAUUUUUUUUCUUUUGAUCAUUUGAACCCAGUUUUUUGUUACAAGACGUGAACAUAGAGCAAUAUGCAUAUGCCUUGGUUGGCUUUUGCAUGGAACCUUGAAUAUGCAAACCGCAGGCAUGAUUGAACUUUGAUGGGGUAAAGACAAGA